AUGCCCAUGAACAUUGGAAAGCUUGACAUACACUUGUCUGACAGAGUGUCAAUCGAGUUUUCAGAUCCAAUAAUAGAAGAAAAUAGAAGAACUACAUACGCGAAUUGGCCUUAUGGAUCUUAUUAUACUCUCAAGGGGAUUUCAGAAGCUGUGAACGAUAUCGGAAUAGUUUUUUCAAAUCCAAACAUAAAGAUAACUAGACUUGUUCUAGACAUGGGUUAUAUUGAUCCGGCAAAACAAGAGUUCCAAGCAAACUUCGUACAAUGCUUGAAGUCUAUGAUGUCAUCUCUUCCACACCAAAUUCACGUCGAAUAUGUACUUUUGAAUUGCAUUGAAAUUCUUCCAUUUUUAAAAGCCGAAAAGUUAAAGUGGAUCAGUUUGGCAGGGGAAAGUACCGAUGAUUCCCUCUACGAAAUUGCCCAUCUAGAACAAAUUAAACGUGUUCCAGGUAUUCGAAUUUUACACAUGUUGGAUCAUAUGCCAUUUGAUCUUAUACCGAACACUUCAAAGUUUUCACUAUUCGUAAGGAACUUUUCGAAAUCUGAUUUCACUAGAUUUGUCGAGCAGAACCUGCAAGAAGAGAACUUUAAGUUUGAAUUUCUUUCGAAACAUCACGCUGUGAAAACCGACGAUGGACAUUUGAUUGCAACACUCGAAGGACCAAAAUUCAAGAAUACUGUGGAAGUUGGAGGAAUCGAAGGAAAGGAAUCAGUUGUAUUCAGAAGAACUACUUGA